AACAAUAAUGGAGAAAGAGCAAGAAGCUUCUUCGUGAAGGUAUACAUGGAAGGCAUUCCAAUUGGGCGGAAGUUGGACCUUUUUGCUCACCAUGAUUACGACGGCCUAAUCGCCACUCUAGCCCACAUGUUCAGGACCACCAUUCUCUACCCUGAUAUGGAUAGAAGAGUGCAUUCUGAGAAAGAUAACGAUCAUCAUGUAUUAACUUACGAAGACAAGGAAGGGGAUUGGAUGAUGGUGGGGGACGUUCCUUGGGAGAUGUUCCUGACCACUGUGAAGAGACUCAAGAUCACCGGAGCCGACAAAUGCUAAUAUCUUAACCAACUGAUGAUCGUGCAUGUUUCAACAUUUUUCCUCUCUCUCUCUCUCUCUCUGUCUCUGCAUUUUUGACUAGCUGGUUGGGUGAUUCUUGAUGGGAACCCAAAACAAACAGUACUAGCUAGCAUGGAAUUUGUUAAGUUACAGAUGUACAGCCAUACACCCAAGUGACACAGGCAUAGGAAUUUCAGGUUUUUUUUUUUUUUUUUUUUUUUUUUCUCUUUA